AGAGACUCUUUCCACGCAAACCCAUUCUCAUAUAGCUCAUAUAAGCUCAUGUAGCGUGUAUGUGCGUCUUCUCUUUGCCCCCUUGUUUGACCUUAAAACACCAAACUCCUCCUUUAAGCCGGCCAACGCCGUCUCUUACCCUUCAUUCUUAUUCCUUUAUUACCAUGCUCUCCUUCUUCAUCUCUAUCUCUCCACCAUGAAACCUCUUCUCCUUCAACCUUCUCUCUACUCCAUUCUCCACGUCAUCAUCUUCCUCCUUCUUCUCCGACUCUUCUUUUCCUUCAAAUCUCUCCUCUACCUUCUCUCCCGUUUAUGGCGUUGCCUCGAAGACCAAACCCAAGUUUAUCAGUACUUCUCCAUCCCUCGCUUCUCCUCUGAUGGUUUCCAUGAAAACCACCUCUUUCGCAAGGCCUUCUCCUACAUCAGUGCUCUUCCUUCUCUCCAAGACUCCGAUUCUAUCACCCUCUACUCCUCUUCGCGUAACGACUUUCACCUCCACCUCACCUCCCCCGGCCACUCCGUCUCCGACCAUUACCUUGGUGCUCGCCUUUCAUGGUCUUAUGAAUCCUCCCCGGACCAACGUUUCAUCCUUAAGCUCCGCCGCCAGGACCGCCACCGUGUUCUCCUCCCUUAUUUACAGCAAGUCGAGACCCUGGCCGAUGAGAUCGAGCUCCGGCGAAGAGAAAUUAAGCUGUUCACUCACGUCAGCAAUGGCUGGAAAUCCGUGCCGUUCACCCAUCCGGCGACUCUGGAUACUGUCGCCAUGGAUGCUGACGUGAAGAGCCGGGUGAAAUCCGACCUGGAAUCCUUCAUCAAAGGCCGCGCGUAUUACCACCGUCUCGGCCGCGUUUGGCGCCGGAGCUAUCUCCUCCACGGUCCUCCCGGCACCGGGAAAUCCAGUUUCGCCGCCGCCAUGGCCAAAUUCUUGUGCUACGACAUCUACGACUUCGAUCUCUCGAGGUUCUCCGACGUUUCCGAGAUGCGAGCGUUUCUAUUGCAAACGACGCCGAGAUCGGUGAUCUUGGUUGAAGAUUUGGACCUCCAUCUCUCAGAGGAGAAGCACACGAUGGCGUUGUCGGGGGUGUUGAACUUCAUGGAUGGGGUUUUCUCAUGUUGUGGGGAGGAGAGGGUGAUGGUGGUGACGAUGACGGCGCCGCCCAAGGAUUCGGCGGUGCUCCGGCCGGGUAGAGUCGACGUUCACGUCCAUUUCCCGUUGUGUGACUUCGGUGCGUUCAAGACGCUGGCGAGCAGCUACCUCGGCUUGAAGGAUCACAAGCUUUACCCGCAGGUCGAGGAGGUGUUCCAGAGCGGCGCCCGGCUCAGUCCGGCCGAGGUCGGAGAGAUCAUGCUCGCCAACCGGGCGUCGCCGAGCAGAGCUCUCAAGUCUGUCAUCAACGCCCUUCAACAGUCUUCUUCUUGUUCUUCCUCGGCGGUCACUAGUGGGAGGUUGACCACGUCGGCGACUCGGCGUGUCAGUGAUGCAGAAGCGCCGGUUUCCGGCGAGCUAGCUUGCGGCGCCGGCAAUGGACUUGGCUUCGGGAAAGAUGCGACUUUGCGGGAGUUUCGCAAGCUUUAUGGGUUUAUAAAACGGAGUGGUAGCAAGAAGGAAGGCGUGCUCACUGUUGAGGCGGCCGCCGCCGCUGCCGCCGCCGCCUCCGCCGCGGCGGCGAACGCCGGAGAUAAGGAUGCUUGAUAUGAUUCUUUUUAGUUAUCUCUUCUUCUUCUUCUUCUUCUUUUUCCAAGUGUUUGGUUGAAUUAUUUUGUCAUUAGAUUUUUAAUGAAGUAAUUAGAUUUAGAAUGAAACAACAUAUGAAUUGUAAAGAAAUGUUAAGGAAUUUGAUUGAUAUACUUGAUA